CAGAAUUUUAUCAUGUGUUCAACAGACAACACCUAAAUUUAAAAAAAAAAACCUGUUUCAUUUUGGUUCUCAGAUUGAACUUAAAGAUUUAUAAAAUAUAAAAAAAAAUUGGACCCGAAUCGGAAACACACCAAGCAGAGAAUAGAUAACAUUAUCGCAAUGACGGGGAGAAAUUAUGCGCAGCCUCAAAGAUCUCGGAGGUUUCUGGGAGGGCAGGGCUCACAAGGGGGCUCAGUUUGCCAAGAACCCGACCCGCUAAACACCUUUGCGGAGGAGCCGCGCACCAUGUACCAGUGGAUGCGAUGGAACAACUGCAAGACCAACAAGCCGCACCUGCAGGAAACUUAUCCCAGUAUUCGACCGCCGAUCUCCAAGUGCGACGAGACCAAGACCCUUAAGUACAUCGACGAUGCUAUGGAGGCCAACCAAUGCACAAGGCUCUUCGACUAUGGAAAGGAAGAUUCACUGACCGUGUGGAACUACAGUCCCCAGAAAGAUACCCUGGGAUGGUAUGGCGUUGGAUCGGGUUACCCUACUCCACAAGCUGCCUUCUAUGACCGAGUCUUAAAGAAGAGCCUAAAGGCGUCGAGUCUUUUGCCCAAGCCGCCGAAGAAGUCAAACAUAAAACCCAAGUGGGAGCUUCAAAGGAAGGCGCCCGAACCUAGCGGAGCAUUCGUUCUGAAUCAGGACUGCCUAAAGACCAAGCUCGACAAAAUGCCCAACGUGAAGCGCCAGCUGAAGGCGAGUAACGCGUUUUCCUGGCUUCACUGCCCCCAGCCAGCAGAUCCUGAGAAUCCCUUCGAAGACAAUUCGGGCUUUCCGGCGAUCAGCAGGGAGCAAGCUAUGGACAUGGCAAAACCGGACCAGCCUCCAAAACAUGGUCUGCGACGCAAGCACUGGUACUGCCCCCCAAAAUGUGGCGAAGUGGAAAACAAGUGCACCGACUACGAAUGGGCCAAGUACAAGCUUGAUUCACGACCCUACGACGAAGCCUUUCAGCGGGAAAUGGAUGCCAAGAAGGAGGUCAAGGAGCCCGAGCCGCGAAACUACGAAGAGCUUUACAAGUCCCUGGUGUCCUGCUUUGUACAGGACCCAAAUGGCCGGAAUGAUCUAUGCGAGGCACUCGAAAAGUGCUGCAAGGAUCCCAAGGACCCACCAUCCCAAGGAUGCAGCGAGUUCGUGCCGGAUGGCGCCGGAGGAGAUGGUGAGUCGGGUAGGGAUAAGGGCAAGGAUAAGGGAACGGACAAGGGAACGGAUAAGGGAACGGACAAGGGAACGGACAAGGACAAGGGCAAAGGGGAAAAGGGUGACAGUGACGGUGCAAAAGGCGGUGAUAAAGAUAAUGGUAUUGGCGAUGGUGACGAGGGCGAGGGCGACAAGGAAAAGGGCGAAAAGGAAAAUGGCGAAAAGGAAAAGGGCGACAAAGGAAAGGGAGAAAAGGGAAAGGGAAAGGGAGAAAAGGGAAAGGGCGAAGGCAAAGAGGAUGGAAAAAAAGAUGAAGGGAAACAGAAAGAGAAACCGGAUAAAGGGAAGAGCAAUACCAAGGACAAGGAAAAAGACAACGAGAAGGGCGAUAAGAAAAUUAAAGAGCCGGAAUUUAGAUCUUCGGAGGAGGAUCGUCCCUUGAUGCCCCGUAGUACAGAUUCUAAUCUCCCACCUGGAGAAAAGCCAGGUGGCGAUGGCUUUGGUGGCGGAGGCGGUGGCGAUGGCGACAUGGAAAAGGAAAAGGAUGACCAAAAGGACAAGGGGAAAGGUGACGGCAAGGACAAGGGCAAGGACAAGGGCAAGGGUAAGGGAGGCAAGAAAAAACCUAAGCCAGUAAAGGACAAUGAUAAAGGCAAGGACAAAGGUAAGGACGAUCAGCCGAAUAAGGACUGCCCCUGUGAAAUAUGCUGUCCGCCAAAAGAGGAGGAUUCCCCGCUGAUCAAGGAAAUGCGGCGGCGAGAUCGAGAGCGCCAAGUGCGCGAUUAUCUUCGCCAAAUACGGCACCGCCAGUACAUGGAGUGCAAAGAUCAGGCCUACCCAGCUCCGCACCACAAGUGCAAUCCCAUCGAAUGCAACAACCUGUUCUGCGGCAAUCCUCGCAUGCAAACGCACUUCGGCAGGAUCCAAGCCAUUCAACAGUUACAACGUGCCCUGCAGCGGAGGAAUCGGAAAGGCGAUCGGAAAAUCUCCAAGGAUCUGGACGGACUGUUGACCCGCCUGUGCAACCGCCUGACCAGGAGUGGUGGCCACUGCGGAUGACUCUACCCCAGCGCCCUAUGUUUGUUUUGGUGUUACUCUAUUAGUAAUAGUUCGCAUUUGUAAAUUUUGGAGUCGUAUCCGUUUUAUUAGUGUCUAGCGCUGAUUUAAAGCGAUCGUAAUUCUGUGAUUUAAAUAAAGUCGGAUAACUAACUGA